CCCAACCUUCAAGUCACAAGGCUUUAGUGCACUACGCAAUCAGGGGCUCCAUUCUUCCCCCUUAUUUAUAUAUUUAUUUAUUUAGGUAAAAAGGUUUCUCUCCCCCGGCGGUGCAGCAGAUUAAACCGCUGAGCUGCUGAACUUGCUGACAGAAAGGCUGGCAGGUUUGAAUCCGGGGAGAGGAGUGAGCGCCCGCUGUUAGCCCCAGCUUCCGCCAAUCUAGCAGUUCGAAAACAUGCAAAUGUGAGAAGAUCAAUAGGUACCACUUCUGCGGGAAGGUAACAACGCUCCAUGCAAUCAUGCCUGUGGCCACAUGACCUAGGAAGUGUCUAUGCACGAUGCUGGCUCAUUUGGUGAUGGGUACAACCCCCAGAGUCGGACACGACUGGACUUCAUGUCAGGGGAAACCUUUACCUUACUGUGUGUUCUGCACAAUAGUGUGUUUUUGUGAGCCGCUCCUAGUUAGAGUUGUUGUAUGUAUUCCGGGCUGUACGGCCAUGUUCCAGAAGUAUUCUCUCCUGACGUUUCGCCCACAUCUAUGGCAGGCAUCCUCAGAGGUUGUGAGGCAUGGAGAAACUAGGCCAGUUAAUAUAUAUCUGUGGGAAGUCCAGGGUGUGAGAAGAGUUGUUUGUCAGUUGGAAUGUUGCGUGAAUGUUGCAGUUAAUCACUCUAAUUAGCAUUGGAAAGGUUUGUCUCUUGCCUGGGGGACAUCCUUUGUUCAGAAAGGAGGAAACCAUGAAAAUGAACAAAAUCUGGCUACCAGUAUUAAAAAACUCAAAAAUCAGAACAGUAGAUGGGAACCAACACUCUGAGGGCAGAGGAGCUCCAGGGAUGACUAAUGACUCUGAACAAAGAGUAUGAAAUUCGUGAAAUGCAGUAGAACCUGCGGAAGGCCAGCUAUCUGCAGUAACAAUCCAACUGCAGAGCAGUGGUUCAUCAAGCUGAACAUAGAUUACUCAGGUCAGUGGCCAGGGGUCUGAGCAGGUAUCCCCCAGCUUCACUGACUUUCAUUAAUUUUCCAUAUAAACUAUUUUCUUGGAAGAAGGUUAGCAAGAAAAAGGAAGAGGGAGGAAGAAUAGAAGGAGGAGAGGAAGGAAGGAAGGAAGAAAAUAAGCAGGAGGAGGAAGAAUACAGGAAGGAGGAGAAGGAUUAAUUAAAUCUUAUUUUAAAAGCUCAAAUCCAGUCAAAGAUUAUUUCAGAUCACUGUCCAACUACAAUAGACAUAGAAAAAAGAAGCAGCAGGAGGAGGAAUAGAGGAAGGAGGAGAAGGAAGAGAAGAAAAAAAGGAGGAGGAAUAGAGGGGGAAGAAGGAGAAGAGCGAAAAGGUGGCCCCAGGUGUGGCUGCGGGUCAGAAGCGGAGAGGCAUCCGUCCCUCCAAGUAAUGGCUUGGGGGAGGCCGAGCUGUUGACCCCACAGAGGCCUGCCUGAAGCUGGGGCCCAAAGGGGCCCCCGAAGUGACCCGGGAAUGGGUGGCUGGGCCGGAGAGGGUUGAAAGGCCUCCACCUUUCCCCAUAGAAACCCCUUUUCUUUCCUUCCUUCCUUCCCUCCCUGGCGGUGUUAACUCCUCUCUCUCCUUCUCCUCCUCCUUACUUCAGGGAGGUGCCCACCUUCAUUCAGUCACAAGGGACAAGGACUGCAAACGGUGAGGGCUGCCCAUCAGCAACACCCGCUUCCCUCCUUCCCUCCCUCACCCAAGUAUAAGUCAAGGGGGGCUUUUUCAGCAUUAAAAACGUGCUGGAAAGGCCGGCUUAUGCUUGAAUAUAUACGGUAUUUGUUUGUAGUUCUAUCCUUACCAUUAGAAACCUUCCUUCUAUAUCUUUCUUAACCAUUUGGGGAGUUUGGGGAGAUAGAAUACCAGGCCAUUUCUUUUGGAAGUUCUGCUUCUGUUGCUGAAAAUCUUCCCCUGGAUGGAGGAAAAAGAAGACAAGGAGAAGUGGGCAAAGGUGACAGGAGUUGGCAGGAAGGAGGCUUUGUGGCUGGAGCGGUGCCUGUCUUUGCAUCUCAUCAUGGGGCUCUACCGAGGGAAUGCAUGGCCUGGAUGGAACGUAGUUCAGCAUGGACUCAUUUUGUGAAGAUCCCAACAAACCUCAAUGUGGUUUUGAAUUAGCCAGUUGGAGAUGCAGGUCCUUGUUAGCUUGGAAGAUUCAUUUGGGAAAUGUGGCCGGAGUGACCCUUUGAGAUGCUGAGGAAGCAGAGUGGGGAGUCCCUGUGGCAGGGGAGAUAAUGACGUAAUCAAUAAAGAAAUCCUUGUUCCUUUGAGCAUUUAGCACAAUGCUGGUAAUUCACGGAAACCCAUGAUCCAGAAUAUGUUACACCCUUGAAUAAUGGAAGGAGUUCUGCCUGCCUGCCUGCCUUCUGUUCCUUUAACCACGUUUGGGUUUGACCCAAUGAAAUGGGUGUGGCCCUCCAAUAUUGGAAAAGGGUUCAGUUCUCUCCUUCAGUGAUUCCUUCCUUCUCUUAUCCUCUCCUUCUGUGUUUCCUCCCUUCCAUCUUUCCUUUCUUCUUUCCUUUUUCGCUUUGUUUACCUUGAGCCAGAGGUAUGCGGCUUCAUGUCUAACCUUUUGCUUCUUCUUUCUUGACCAGGACGUGAGAGUUCUCUGGAGCCACCCCUGCCGUGAUGGGAAACGAACCAGCUUCUAGUCGAUAUUAAGGAUUUUGGAAACCAAAGUGCAGUAAGGAAACCAGUCCUCUAGGAAAAAGGAUUCCUCUCAAGGGGCUGAUCUUGCUGAAUUCCUACAUUCACUUUGGAUUAUACAGUAGAACCAUAGAGUCGGAAGAGACUGCAUGAGGCACCCAGUCCAGGCCUCUGCCGUGCAGGAAAAGCGCAAAGUACCCCUGACAGAUGAGCAUCUAGCCUCUGUUUAAAGGAUUCCAAAGGAGCUUUCACUAUAUUUUGAGGCAGAGAGUUCCACCGCUGAACAACUCUUACAGUCAGGAAGUUUUUCUUAAUGUUCAGAUGGAAUCUACUUUCCUGUAAUUUCAACCCAGUGCUGCGAGUAAUCAGAAAGGGAAAAACAAGAAUCAAGUGUCCGUAUUGGAAUUAAAUGUACAUAGCACAUAACACUGUUGACAUGGAGGAAAAAGCAUAUAAAUGUAUCGAAUGUGGAAAGAGCUUUAGUUGGCAUGGAAAUCUGAAGACACAUCAAAGGACUCACACUGGGGAGAAACCCUAUAACUGCCUGGAGUGUGGACAGAGCUUCACUCAGAAGGGAAACUUAUAUACACAUCAAAGAACUCACACCUGGGAGAAACCCUAUAACUGCCUGGAGUGUGGACACAGCUUUGCUCAUAGUUCAGCUCUACGUAGACAUCAAAGGAUUCACACCGGGGAGAAACCCUAUAACUGCCUGGAGUGUGGACAGAGGUUUACUCAGAAGGGACACUUACAUUCACAUCAAAGGACUCACACUGGGGAGAAACCCUAUAACUGCCUGGAGUGUGGACAGAGCUUCACUCAUAGUUCAGGUCUACGUUCACAUCAACGGACUCACACUGGGGAGAAACCCUAUAAAUGCCUGGAGUGUGGACAGAGCUUUGCUCAGAGUGGAAAUUUACGUUCACAUCAAAGGACUCACACUGGGGAGAAACCCUAUAAAUGCCUCGAGUGUGGACAGAGCUUCUCUCAUAAUUCACAUUUACAUAGACAUCAAAGGACUCACACUGGGGAGAAACCCUAUAAAUGCCUGGAGUGUGGACAGAGCUUUGCUCAGAGUGGAAAUUUACGUUCACAUCAAAGGACUCACACUGGGGAGAAACCCUAUAAAUGCCUCGAGUGUGGACAGAGCUUCUCUCAUAAUUCACAUUUACAUAGACAUCAAAGGACUCACACUGGGGAGAAACCCUAUAAAUGCCUGGAGUGUGGACAGAGCUUUGCUCGGAGUGGAAAUUUACGUUCACAUCAAGGGACUCACACUGGGGAGAAACCCUAUAAAUGCCUGGAGUGUGGACAGAGCUUCUCUCAUAAUUCACAUUUACAUAGACAUCAAAGGACUCACACUGGGGAGAAACCUUAUAAAUGCCUGGAGUGCGGACAGAGCUUUCCUCAGAGUGGAAAUUUACGUUCACAUCAAAGAACUCACACUGGGGAGAAACCAUAGAAAUGCAUGGAGUGUGGACUGAGCUUUUCACGGAAUAAGGUUAUACAUAAACAUCAUAGAAUUCACCCUGGAGAGAAUGAUGUUAAUUGACCCCAGAGUGUCAUUCUAACAUAUACAAAAGCAACUCUUGCACAUUUUGGAAAUUCAAGCUCAAAGUUGGGACAUUUCAUCACAUGUGGUGUAUUGUAGAAAGAUUGAACUAAAAUAUGUUCCAUUCUGGAAGGAAACAAGGUUACAUGAAACUAGAGUUUUAUAUGCUGAGAAUGUUGGAUGAUCAAUUAGGAUGAAAGCAUGGGUAGUUACUGCGAGAUACUAAAGUGAGAAUUGACAGGGAUGGAAGGAAUGUUUUAUUCCAAAGCAAAAAUAAUGGCUUAUGAAGAUCUGCAAAUUAGCCAAAACGAACAAACUGACAACAAUGUGGGCAAAUGUCAGUUGUAAUAUCUAUUAAUUGGAAGAGUGUUUUCAGAAAUAGAAGUGUGGUUAUAUUAUAUUAUCUAAAGGGAGAAGAAUAAUGAGAGAUAAAAAUUAACAGAUCGAAUGAGGCCUUUAGGCACGUAUCCCUAUCUGAUUUCUAGUUCAGUUGUGUGUUUAUGUAGGUAAUUGUUUCGAUAGUGUGUUUGUUUCUGAUUUAGUUUUGUAUCUCUUGUAGUUAGUUUCAUGUUCAGUUGAAGCAUUAUAUAUAAUUUCUGCAUUUUUUG